AAUAAUGACCUGAGCUGAAAUCAAGAGUUGGAUGCUUAACUGAUUGAACCCCCCAGGCAUACUGCUUUAUUGCAAUAUUUGCUUUAUUGCAGUAUGCUGGAACCAAACCAGCAGUAUCUUUGAGGUAUGCCUGUACUGUUUUACUUCCUACCUAAUAGGUGUUAGGAAAGGUGGAUGUUAAAGUGAGCAGUCAAGUUGGCAGGGAAGUAGAUCCCACUUGUCUGCUCAGGUGUCGUUUACUAACUGCCCAGCUCUAUCCUCAGAGAAUCUUGGGCUCAUUCAAGGUCAAGAGGGCGUCUCAGGGGCCUCAGGGCCCCUAUCUGGGAGGAACUGUGGCGGCCACACCCCCAGGUCACUCAGGCUGUGCUUUGCCUCUUCCCUGCUUGCCUCAGCCCAGGGACAACACUGAGUGGUGUGUGGAAGAGCUGAGGACUGCCUGAAGAAGAUGAGGAACAAGAUAAAGCUGAGCUCUGGGUCUGGAAGGAGUACAGGGUGGCUGACUCAAACCUUUAGGGCCCUGUGUGGAGCUUUCUGCCAGGCUGUUCUGCCACAAAUCACGGUUUCCUUUAUUGUGCUGCAGACCACCCCUGCUCCGUGCCCCCUCCUCCAGGAGCUGCUGGUGGGAUUGCUGAGAAACGCUGGCAAAUGCAAGGGGGUAGGGCUGGGAGAAGGUUUCAGAUGAAGAAAUAGCCUGAGGGCACGUUUGUGAGGCUGCUAACUUGCCCGUGGCUUCUUGCACCAGCCACCAGCCCUGAGACACCAGCCAUCACUGGUCUUCCUCAGGAGGCUUCUGCCAGCCCCCAGGGAAUGAGAAUUAGCAGAAAGCACCUGCCACCCCUGCCCUACUGCUACUUUCAUCCCCUUGUACAGUAGUGCAUGAAAUUCACUAGGCAGGGAACUACAGUGGCAUGAGUGACGUGGGACACCUGUCCACGGGUGCUGGAGGCCAAGAGGCCUGGGGCCUGCAGAGCCUUGCGGUGGCGCUAGGUGGCACUCCCACCCAGGGGAGUACCAACAAGGUAGGAGGACCCAGUGUGGCUGGAAGGGACCUCGUUCAGGGUGGGAACAUAAACUUUUGUUUUUCCCAGAAAUCAUUUGUUAACCAUUAUCUGGAAUCUAGAAGGCAUUUCCUUACUGAAACAUACGUGGUGGAAGUCAGGUUAGAAGGCUAAUCUCAGGACAGACCUGUGGGCUGGUUUAUGAGUUUUCUAAACACCAGUCUUCCUGAGAGGCUUAAAAUGAUUACAAAGGAACCCUGGUAGACCUGGAGUGUCCCUGUUGUUCAUUUUACUGGGAGAGCAUUGGUGUUUCAGAGGCUGCUCAGCAAAUGAGAACCUGGGCUUUUGUUUUCCUCCCCUAAGUGUAACUUGGACAAGGCCUGGUCUGGAAGUACUAGAGGCUUUGGGGAAGUCAGAAUGGUCCUCCAGGAUCUUUCUGGUUCUGGAAUUUAGUGUUGCCAGGAUUCUGUUAUCUUCCUGUGCUUUCACUACUUUUUAUCCCAUUUCACGGUGUGUUUGCUUAGAGCUCUGGGGUGAGAAGGGGUCUUAAGUCUCACUGAGGCUCAGAGAAUGCUGUGGGCCUAGGCUGGGAGACUGCAAGGUGCAGCCCCUGUGCUGGAACCUGAGCCCUAGAGGGCUGGAACUCUACAUAGUGCACCCCUGCUGCCCUAUUCCUGCUGUGCAUUGAAAGUAUCCAGCAUUAUGGAAGUCCACAAGGAGGGACCCUGCCCGUCUUCUGCCCCUAUCCCCGCUGUGGCAUCCCAGGUCUGUAGCUUGUCACAGAGCACUUGCAGAGUGGAUCCAGAUGAAAACAGGUGUUUGGGGCUUUGUAUGCCACCAUGUCCUGCUCCAGGCUGCCUGGGCUCAGCUGCCCAUCUCUUCGAAAGCCUAAAGGCUCUUUCUUCCUGUUCCAAAUGUUGCUUUAGAAAUCAAAUUCUCAGGGCGCCUGGGUGGCUUAUUCGGUUGAGUGAUUUCAGCUCGGGUACUAUCUCACGGUUUGUGAGUUUGAGCCCCACAUCAGGCUUGCUGCCUUUGGAUCCUCUGUCCCUCUCUUUCUGAUCCUCCCCGACUCAUGCCUGCUCGCUCUCAAAAAUAAAUAGAUAUUAAAAAAAAAAUUAAAUUUUCAGUGAUCAGAAGGAGCUAGGGUUGUACCCUUGUUCAGUGGCCUAGAGCAUGAAGACAGCCUUCUGAGGCAGUCUGACCGCUGAAUUUCACUGUUUGUUUUUUUGGGCUUUUUUGGUGUUCCCCGUUCACUCUAUCUCACCUAGAAAAUGUCUCUUCAUCCUAUGUGGAGCGAGUGCUUUCAGGCAUGGGGUGUAAGGUGCUGACCCCACCCCCCACCCCACCCCACCCCCCGGCUGGGCCCUGCCAUCUACUGGGGUAGAAGGACACUGGAUGAAUCACUUCACAGCCUGGGGCCAGAGGGGAACUUUGCUUUUACUGAGUCUGGUCUCUUUGGGGGUCUAUCCCAGAUUUUGUGUGGCAGGGGAUUUGUAUGGUAGGAGUGUGUCUGCCUGGAGGAGGGGGGGGGGGUGUGGAGGUGGGGGCAUCCUGUGCCUUCCAGGUGGGGUGUGGGAAAGAGCCAAGGACUUAGAUGCCUUUUCGAGGGCUAGAAAAGGUAGCUGGAGGUGGCUUUCUGUUCAGUCCCAGGAAGCUGGCCCUGGGUGAGGUCAGCCACACGUUGAAGCCUGGGACUGCCCAGUUUGGAGUGAGGAAGAAGAAUGGCCCCCAGGCCCCGGAGGUGUCGCCGGGAAAUCCCGUGACCGGGCGGGGCUGGUUCCCUGGCCGCAGCCCCUCCUCUUAAAGGGGCCCUGGGCCCGGUGGCUGGGUCUGGCCCGAGGGCGGAGCGUGACUGCUUCUGGUAUCCGCCCUCCAUCCCUGCCCUGGGUGGUCUGAGUGGCCAGAGCCGAGCCCCCGCCUGCCUGCCGGGGCUUCCUCUCCGAGUGGCGCCUCCUUGGGCGUCGGCGCCUGACACCCAGCGAGACCGGACUACCUGCUGGUGAGUGAGUGGAGCCCGUAGCGGGGCCGCCCUGGGUGCCGGUCGCCCCUUGGAGCUGCGGGGCCCUGGGCUGGAGAGCCCACCCCACAGUCUUCAUCCCUUCACGGGCUUCUCCUGCCCACAUGGUGGGUCACGGGCUGUCCUGGAUGAGCUCACUUCCGCCAGGCCGGGCAGCAUCUCCUGGCCCUCAGCCGGCUGGGAAAGGGAAAAUGCUGGGGCUCCAGGUCCCCUCUUGCUCCGAAAGAUUUCCUCAGUGACUGGCGCCAGUUAGGGAAGAAAGCUGCCCUGUUCUCAGUGGGACCUGUAGGUGUCCCCAGGGUCUCACCUGAGGGGCAGAGACGGGGGUGACAAGCUGCCCUUCACAGAGCCCUAUCCCCAAAGGAAGGUUCUUUUCCUUUCUGGGAUUCUUAAAUUUCUUAGAAGUCCCGUGCUGUGGGGAGGACUGUCCCCACCUCCAACCACCCUUCCCUGGCUGCUGGCUUGAAAGAAGUAUCUCUGGGUCCUUCUCUUUCCUUCCUCUUCUCUUGCCCAAGGCUUCCCCAAGAUGGCUCACCCGUUUCACCUGGGGAGAAUCCAUUUUCCCUGUUCUCUGUUUUUGAAGUUUUGUCUGCUUCUAGUCCUGGAACACAGGGAGGAAGGGUUGGUGGUCCCACCUGGACACAGCUGUUUGUGUCAUGCUUCAGGUGAGCUGGGUGGGGGGCUGGGGGUGUCGGGUAGUGGCCCUGCCUUCCAAGGUGGAAGCGGGCCCAGAAAGUCAAGCAGAUGAACACAGAAUUUGGGGAAACGGGGACACUGAGGCUUUCUGCUGCGGCUUCAGGGGGAGUGACCCUGGCACCCAGUGAGAGUUCCGCUCAGGGAGCAAGAACAAAUUUCUUAGGUUGUCUCUGGCAGGUUGUGUGCCUGGCUGCAAGGCCCUUGGUGCUCAGGGAGAGCUUGUUGGGGGGCGGGGGACAGACAGUCUGACUCCGUCCCUGUCUUCCUGACCUUGUCCAGACUCAAACCUGAAUCCAUCAAAGUCCAAGGGAACCUGUAGUAACUGGUAACUGGCCUGGGUUCGUCCAUCUGACUUCAGUUGGAACGUUCCAUUCCACUGAGGGGGUUAUUGUUGCCUUCAUUACAGGUUGUGAGGGGACAUGGCAGCACUGGUCGGGUGUGAAUACCCAGAAUAGCACGUCCAGACAAAGGUGACCCCCUACCUGGUCCUGUUGGGCCGUCAAAUCUUCUCAUAGGGGCAGCAAGUGUCUGUGUGAUUUGGGCUCUUUCAGAACUACUGACUCCACCCUGUCCCUGCUCUCUUGCCAGUGGGAGCAUACCUCAGUGCUCUCAGAGUUUGGGUUUGGAAACGGAGGUGGGGUGUUGGGAGUCAGGUCUAGGGGAUGAGACGACACCAGGUCUCGGGUGAAAGUGAGGCAUGGUGUUUCUGAGCAGAGCAGAGUUCUGGGCCAGUGUUGCUACUAUGAUCUGAGCCUCGAGGGGGUGAGCAGGAGGAGUGACCCUUCCCAUUUCCAGAUAGCCAAACUGAUAGCCACAGAGCACCUGUGACUUGCAAGGCCUCUCCCAGCUCUCAGGGUAGGGCAGCCAGGAUUGCAGUAACUGGAUUGUCCCCCUCCCCCACCAAAGCCUAGCUUCUGAGUUCCCCUGUUCAGUAUGGCUGGUCCUUAGGCCUUGUGAUAACUUUAAACUCCUACUGGUCACAGCUCACAACUCUUCUCCACAGAGUGUCCUUGAGAUGGAGGAGAGAGGGAAUGUAACUGUACUUCCCUUGCUUCAGGGAGUCCUGCUUUUGGGUUCCUCAUCUGGGCCUGGCUCCAAGGAGCCAGAGAGUAAGAAAAUUUUGGCUUGGGCUCCAAGGGUCAUCGCAGGAAUGGAGGGCAAGUGGGGCACCAUAAUGGGGAGGCCAGGAGCACUGUUGGCCUAGGAAGUGGCUCUGCCUUUGGGAAGCAGGAAGGAAUGAGCCUUAGGGGAGCCCCUUUCCUCCAUCCUGCAGCUUUGAGCUAGACAGAGGGUGCCAAGCCUGUUUUCUGGGGACAGGUGAAUUCAUGUCUGCUCCCUGGGGACCUUUUGGGGCCCAUGCAUGGUGAUUUGGAAGAAACUUGACAGUCUGGUCCCUGACCCAUUUCGGAAGAGGAGGUAGAGUGGUGGUGGAGGUAGGACUGAGGGCUCAGGUCAUCCUCCUGGCCCUGUGGGGGCAGUUUCUUAGAGUCUAGGAUAGCAGCAACUUGAACUGGGCCCCCUUGAGCACCCUGCACUGCAGGAGGAAGGGUGAAGGCCCAGUUUACUGUGGUGGGCCGUGAGGCCUGGCCAAGUCCCUGCACUGGGGGCCCUGGGGUAAAUGAAAUGGCAGAGGCAUACACAGGAAUCUGUUUUUGAGGACCUGAGGUUUUGGGUCUAGCUAGGUUUGUCUGUGGGCUCCAGCAUGUGCCUUUCUGGCAGCAUGCUGCAGUGGUCACUGCCCCAUCUGGUAACAUAGUGGGGGAAAUAGGCAGGUUGAGACUGGGGUCCCCAUCCUCUUCCACAAGGCCUCACUGGCCUCACCGGAAAUCCUGUGCACUCAGUCUGAGCUUUCUCGAGUGGGGGCAAGAGCCUUGUCCUAGAAGUCAAGCACUUCAAGCACUGUGCCUAGUCCUGACUGCCUGUCACCCCUUUGGGCCUGGGGAGCUGACAGGAGGCCAUUGUGGGGCCCCAUUGCCUGGUGGGCCAUGGAGGGGUGGGGUGUGUGCUCAGUACAUGGGUGAUAUAGUUGAAGUGACCUGUCACAGAUGGGAAAGUUAGGAGGCUCAGCAUGGGUGAGGGAUAGACACAGUGGUGUCCAUGGGUCCCGGGGCCUGGCCCUUAGGUCAGAGGAGGCUCCUGUGCGUAUCCGCUUCUGGCUGAGACCAGGUGCCCACCCAUAGUGAGCUGUCCUGCCACUCAGGUGAGUGGCCUGGGGAUGAUCUCUGCUGGAGGGGUCUGGGUCUGGGGUGGCCAGGCCUUGCCACUUCCUUGGUCAGGGCUGGAAAUCCAUGCUUACUUUCGGAUGUUACUCAACCUGUGCUGGCUCCCACUGCACACUACACUCCGAGGGAUUUGACUCGCCAGGGACUGGCAUUUUCACCUCUGGCUGAGGUGCCUUUGCCAGGGCAUCAGACAUUCACCCUUGUGUGGGUGGAGCCGGGUCUGAGUGGGGCCUCUUGUUCUGUUGUGAGUCAGUUGGCUGUGCGGGGGUCACCAUUUGGCCUGGGACUGCGCUGGAGCAGGCAGGUGGCCCAGCUUGGGGACAGAGUGGGUGGAGGGCAGGGGCCUGUGUCCGAGGCCUCAGGCCCCCACUGCUUCCCAAGCAGGUGUGACCAGUGCCUGUCUUCACGAUAGCCCCAACCUCUAAGCUGCGCCCAGUGAGCCACAGGACCCAACUGAGCUGCGAAGCGGCCCACCAGCCACCAGCUGACCUCUGCUGGGUCAGCUUUCUGCCUUGGGAGCUUCUCUCAGGGCCUGCAUCUCUGCGUCUAAAGAUGGUGGCAAGUGCCUGUCCUCUGUAGCCUGCAGUUGGGAUUGGAGGCCAGGCUGGUUGGGUCCUUGACUAUCCCUGGGCUCAGACAGCAACGACUGUGGAAUGUUUGCUCUCCUUUCCUAUUAUCUGUGAGGGCCUGUGGGCGUGUCCUCCCAGAUCACCAGGCAGGGCCAGAGUGCUGUCCACAGCAAAGAUCGGAGUGAGGGGCUGGUUUGGGCGUCAGUCCUGGUUGGUUUUCCCUCAGAUCACGUCAUGAGUGUGCUAAUCUGCUGAGGAGGCCUUGGGGGGGGUCUGUGCCGGGAUGGGAGGCUCUGACGCCUGGCUGUGGGGGGCUGGUGAGAGAGCUGGAGCAGGUCAGGUUUCUAGCGUCUGACCCCCACCCACCGUGUCUCUCUUGUCUUCCCGCUCCCUCAUUCCUCAGAUGCUGUUUUGUCACCUGAAUGGAAAAUGGGUCAGGUCCUGGUGAGGGAGGGGCCGCUCGAGCUGCAGACAGGCCGACGCUGGGUGCCCGCCUGGAGCACAGGGCUCAGAUUCCAAGCUUGUGCUUCUUGCUCCCACAGGCGCCUGGUCCCUUCUCUGGCAUUAGCUCGCCGCGCUGGAGGGGGCAGGUGGCCCAGCCUGGGGACAGAGUGGGUGGAGGGCAGGGGCUUGUGUCCGAGGCCUCAGGCCCCCACUGCUUCCCAAGCAGGUGUGACCAGUGCCUGUCUUCACGAUAGCCCCAACCUCUAAGCUGCGCCCAGUGAACCACAGGACCCAACUGAGCUGGGAAGCGGCCCACCAGCCACGAGGCAGCCAGCCCGAGGAGUGGUGACAGCGCAGGAGCUCCUGGCUGGGGGGAAGGGAGGAAGGAGGAGAAACAAAGGCGAGUGUGCCUGGCGCCGCCCACCAUGUGUCAGUCAGAGGCUCGGCGAGGACCGGAGCUCCGAGCAGCGAAAUGGUUGCACUUCCCCCAGCUGGCACUGAGGCGGAGGCUGGGACAGUUGAGCUGUAUGUCCAGACCUGCCCUGAAACUGCGCUCCUGGCCCCUGACGGUCCUCUACUACCUCCUGCCCUUCGGUGCCCUCAGACCGCUCAGCCGGGUGGGAUGGAGGCCCGUGAGCAGGGUGGCCCUGUACAAGUCAGUGCCAACGCGCCUGCUGUCGCGGGCCUGGGGCCGCCUCAACCAGGUCGAGCUGCCGCACUGGCUGCGCAGGCCUGUGUACAGCCUGUAUAUCUGGACCUUCGGGGUAAACAUGAAGGAGGCCGCCGUGGAGGACCUGCACCACUACCGCAACCUCAGCGAGUUCUUCCGGCGCAAGCUGAAGCCGCAGGCCCGGCCCGUGUGUGGCCUGCACAGCGUGAUCAGCCCAUCAGAUGGGAAGAUCCUGAACUUUGGGCAGGUGAAGAACUGCGAAGUGGAGCAGGUGAAGGGGGUCACCUACUCGCUGGAGUCGUUCCUGGGUCCACGCAUCUCCACAGAGGACCUGCCCUUCCCUCCAGCUACCCCCUGCGGCUCCUUCAGGAACCAGCUGGUCACUCGAGAAGGCAAUGAGCUCUACCACUGUGUCAUCUACCUGGCCCCCGGGGACUACCACUGCUUCCAUUCUCCCACUGACUGGACCGUUUCCCACCGGCGCCACUUCCCAGGCUCCCUGAUGUCCGUGAACCCCGGCAUGGCCCGCUGGAUCAAAGAGCUCUUUUGCCACAAUGAACGGGUGGUCCUCACUGGGGACUGGAAACACGGCUUCUUCUCGCUGACGGCCGUGGGGGCCACCAAUGUGGGCUCUAUACGCAUCUACUUUGACCGGGACCUGCACACAAAUAGCCCGCGCUAUAGCAAGGGUUCCUACAAUGACUUCAGCUUCGUGACACAUGCCAACAAGGAGGGCAUCCCCAUGCGCAAGGGAGAGCACCUGGGCGAGUUCAACCUGGGCUCUACCAUCGUGCUCAUCUUCGAGGCCCCCAAGGACUUCAACUUUAAGCUGAAAGCUGGACAGAAGAUUCGGUUUGGGGAGGCUCUGGGCUCCCUCUAGAGCCUCUCUCCUGGUGGUGGCUACUGUGGGAGCUUUUUCAAACAAACAGGAGGGUCUUUUAGAGGGGAGCCUCUGGGCUGGUCAGGGAGGGGUCUCAGGGCUGUGGAGUCUGACCAGGCAGGACCUGGGUGACUAGUUUCUGCUGUCCCAGAGAUGUAGAUGAGGUCAGAGCCCCUGUUGACCCUGAACCUAUGUGGUCCCCUCUUCCCACUCUAAAGAGAAAGAACAUGUAGGCCAAGAUGAUCUCAAAUUCCCUUUUGGAGAUUUUUUUAAUCUGUAUAAACUGGAGACCCUAUGUCUCCUGGCUGGGUGUUCAGUUGGUCUUGGUUUCUGUUGUAAGACAGAAGUGGUUAUGUAUCCCCAGCACUGCUUUUUGGCCUCCCCUUCUGCCUUUCCUGCACUGACUGGGCUGUGCUGCCCCCAGAGCAGGGCCAUGUGGCCUUUAACACAACUGCUUUCUGUUCCCAAUUCAUCCCACCCUGCUUGUUCGGGAAAAGCUGUCUCUCUGCACUUGUGGCUGAAUGCAUCAUCCUGGACUCUGCCAGCGUCUUCUGAGGGGGUCUAAUGGCAUGGCGCUUAGCAGGUCCCAUUGAGUGACCUUUCGGAGCUGGCAAGUCCUCUUUCCAGUAAGCAAGACCAGUUACUGAAUCCCCUGAACGGUGUCCAAAGUGAAUGGACAGGCAGGCAGGGGUGACCUAUGGGGGCCAGGGGAGAGCUUGUCCCCUACUCAUAUCCAGACCCACAUAAAACAUGGUAAGUCGCUGCUGUUGAUUCAGGGGCUUGUGUUGGAAGCAGAGGAGGAGCCUUGGUGUAUUGGGAGGGGGCGGGUCUGUGCCUACCACACCUGUCCCCAGGUAACAGGUACACAAUCCUUAGGGAGCCACCGACAGUGGGACCAGGGUUCAGGUUUCCUGGGGACGCUGUGAAUUUCUCCUGCAGGAGAAGCCAUUUGAACUCUUUCAACUGUAUCAGUAGCACAGUAUUUUUGUAUGAAAAGUGGGAGACUUCUGAACAGUAAUUCAUUUAAUUGCAACAUUUUGAAAUAAAAAAUAAAACUCA